AAGAAGGACAAGGCCAAUAAGAAGGACAAGACUGAGAAGGACAAAUCGGCCAAAUCCAAGGACAAGAAAGAAAAGAAGGACAAGAAGAAAUCAAAAAAGGAUAAAAAGUCCAAAAAGCAAUCGGCAGACACAGAUACACAGUCAGGUUCAGAGCCAGGUUCAGACGCAGACGCAGACGCAGAUGCGGAUAUAGCUGUGGACGCAGAGAUGGAGGGCAGCGACAAUUCCUCGACAGCCGAGCAGCCAACACAACACAGCGAGGACGAGCCUGUUCCCGAUGGUCUGCAACGCUUCCCCGACUUUUCGCAGGAGGCGACGAUUUCAUCCUCGGCCGCGCAGGAGGCCGCGCGCAUGGGAAUCCCACAAUGGCUGGCACAGCCGACGACAGUAGAUCGUGACGUGACAGCACCGGCCAACGACCCACGUUUUGGUCUUUCGGGGCACAUCCUGGGGCAGUGCAGCAAGGCAGGCAUCGACCAGCUGUUUGCAGUGCAAUCGGCAGUGAUCCCGGUUCUGCGCGCGGCGCACUCGCUGUCGCGGCUGCGGCAACACGUGCGCGACGUCUGCGUGUCGGCGCCCACGGGAAGCGGCAAGACGCUGGCGUUUGUGAUCCCGAUUGUGGAGAAGCUGCGGGCGCGCGUAGUCGUGCGGCUGCGCGCACUGGUUGUGCUGCCGACAAAGGAGCUGGCGCAGCAAGUGAAGGAGAGCUUUGACUUUUUCUGCGUCGGCACGGAUCUGCGCGUGGGCCUGGCGACGGGUGACAUGUCGCUGGGCAAGGAGCAGGCGGCGCUGGUGGUCGGCGGCAGCGGCAGCGCGGCGAGCGGCGGCAGCAGCCGCGUCGAUAUUUUGGUGUGCACGCCAGGGCGGCUGCUGGACCACCUGGCAAUGACGCGCGGGUUCACGCUGCAGCACCUGGAGUUCUGGGUGAUGGACGAGGCCGACCGGCUGCUGGGCGAGGCAUACCAGGAGUGGCUGCCCAAGGUACAGGCUGCGAUCGAGGCGGAAGCCGAGCCCGAGGCUGAGGCUGGCACUGGCCUGGGUGAGCACGGUGUGCCGACGGCCGACGCGUGCACGCGGCGCAGCGCGCUGGCGAGGCUGGAUCCGCUGGCGCCGCCGGCGCCGCGCGUGCAGAAGCUGCUAUUCUCAGCCACGCUGACGCGCGACCCAGGAAAGAUUGCGCGGCUCAAGCUGGUGCGGCCGCUGUACGUGGCGGUCACGCAGCCGCAGGCGGACAGCCAGGCGGACGGCACAGCGCGGUACGCGUUCCCGGCGUCGCUGCGCGAGUUCUACGCGAUGUGCGCGGCGGACGAGAAGCCGCUGUGGCUCAUGUGGCUGCUGUGGACCGAGGGCGUGCGGCACGGGGUGUGCUUCACAAAGUCCCUCGAGACGGCGCACCGACUGGCGCAGGUCAUGCAGGCAUGGGCGGCGGCCGUCACCGACUGGCCUGAGGGCCGGCCAGCGGUUGUCGUGGCCGAGUACUCGAGCGACUUGGCGGCCGGCGAGCGCGCGCGCAUUAUGCGCAUGUUCCGCGCUGGCGAGAUCAGCAUGCUGAUCUGCUCUGAUCUGAUUGCGCGCGGCAUGGACGUUGACCAGAUCAGCGCUGUGGUCAAUUAUGAUGUGCCGGUGCAUAUGAGCCAGUACACGCACCGCGUGGGGCGCACGGCGCGUGCCGGGCGCGAGGGCGCGGCGUACACACUGGUUGGGUCGGCGCAGGCGUUCCACUUCAAGAAGAUGAUGAAGGAAAACGGCCACUGGGACGGCGUGCUGCGGCGCGUCGACCCAGCCAAGGACGUGCUGGAGGGCCUGCGUGGCCAGUACAAGGCGGCGCUCGAGCGCGUGGGCGAGAUCUACGGAGAGAUCAAUUAAGGGGCUGAUCGCGGUGGGCACAAUCACGCAUUUAACCCGAAUGCUUGCGCUUUUCAUCGGCAGCGCAUUCAGCCCUGAUGCAGGCAAGCAGGUGUUUCAUUAGUGCUGUCUCGCAACAAUUUUUUUUUUGACAUUUCAGUUCCGC